AUGCUUGUUACGAAAGAGUUAAAUGUUUUGCAAACCUACAUAGUUAACAACUGUGAGAAACAAACUUGUAAAACUGACAAGAUCAAACGCAACAUGAGACAAUGUGACAUUGGUUCAGCUCACAGCCUCUAUUAUUUAGUCACACCUCGUCAUAAAAAUAAAAUCAUAAGCCCGGAGGUCUCAAUUUCGGAAAAAUUUGAUAGAACGCUACAAAAGGGUUUCGAAAACAUAUUAAACAUUUCCUUGGAUGACAAAGCCGCUGCCACUGUUUCCAUACAAGAUAUGCUGUUGCCAACCGACAAAGCGUAUGUUGAUGACGUCAGAACGAAGGUAUACGUGGGGUGGGGGGCUGCUUUUGGAAGAGACGUUGACAUAAACAUCGUGCUGCAAAAAGAAUGGCACGUAUCAUCAGUGAAUCGCUUGAUUGAUCGAAUAUCUUUGCUCACUAACUUGAUAUGUGAUGAAGCCAGGAUCACGGCAGUUUUGAUUGAAUGGAUGGUUGAGAGCGGUCCCGAGCAACGCCUGUGGUACCAGAAUGGAUGA